AUGCGGACAGAGAAGGACAAAGCCCCUCCUAGUCCUUAUCUCACCAUCUGCAGUAACAGUAAUGUUGAAGUCAACAAUGACCAGGUGCUGGUCACCACCUGCAGGAUGCGCACCUAUAUUUUCCCCUUUGACAUACAGAAAUGCAGUCUGUCCUUUAGGUCUGUCAUACACACUGCCAAUGAAAUUAAGCUCCAACCAAUGGACAACUCUUUAGAGGCCACACGGGGGUCUCGUGAAGUGAUGCAAACCCAGUACGAAUGGCUGUUCAUCAGCAUGACAGUCAUCGUCAGCAAUAUGUUGAACCAAGAUGUCAUAAUUUACACUAUCACCAUGAAGAGGAGGUCAGUUCUCUACAUUGUCAACUUCUUGCUGCCUAUCCUGUUCUUCUUGUGUCUGGACUUGGCCUCCUUCCUGAUCUCAGACAGUGGGGGCGAGAAGCUCAGCUUCAAGGUCACAGUGCUGCUUGCUGUGACUGUGAUGCAACUUAUCCUAAAUGAAAUCCUGCCUUCAUCAUCAGACAGGAUUCCACUUAUAGCGGCCAACUGCAUUGGCAUUUUUGCUUUGAUGAUGCUCAGCCUCCUGGAGACAAUUUUGGUGAUGUACCUGAUGGAGAAAGACUCUGCAUCACAAGACAGUGGUGCAGACAAAGGUGGAAGCCUGAGUGAGGACAGUAACUGUUAA